CUUGCGCAGUAAGCUGCGAGCAAACGGAAGUCCAGAAGCUGCUACCCUCUCCCUCUGGAGCGACCGGGGCGCGUUUGUUCGCUCGUUCUCUCUCGGUUUCUGUUGCCUUCUCACUCCCUCUCUUCCCCCUUCCUUCCCUCCCUCUGUCCUCUCUUCUCCUGUCCCUCCCACGGUCGGCCAGGCCCUUCAAGCAGUCGGCGGCGGUGUGCCCUCAUCUUCUCGUUGUUGGGGUGCAGUCCAUCCUUUAGGAUCCCUGUUGAGUGUCUGUCUGAAAAGCUGGGUCCCAUUUUAUCUGUCAGAUAAGAGCAUCCCGAAGUUAGUCUUAUAUGUGGACAACUUGUUAAGAGAUACAGUGAAGAGGGUGAGGAAGCCAGCCAGUCUGUUUGGAAGAUACCUUGGACAGAACAAGGCACAAGUGUGCGACCAUCAUGCCCAAGUUUUACUGUGAUUACUGUGACACGUACCUCACUCAUGAUUCUCCAUCUGUGAGGAAGACACACUGCAGCGGGAGAAAGCAUAAAGAGAAUGUGAGAGACUAUUAUCAAAAGUGGAUGGAAGAGCAAGCCCAGAGUCUGAUUGAUAAAACAACCACUGCAUUUCAGCAAGGAAGAAUUCCUCCCAACCUAUUCUCUGCUCCUCCUCUCGGAGGGCCUAUGAUCCCACCUCCUCACCCUAGCAUGAUGGGGCCCCCCCCUCCUGGAAUGAUGCCUGUGGGGCCACCUCCUGGCAUGAGGAUGCCCAUGGGAGGCCACAUGCCUAUGAUGCCUGGCCCUCCGAUGAUGAGGCCCCUUCCUCAUCCCAUGAUGGUGCCCACCCGCCCAGCAAUGCCCAGACCAGACAGAUAAAAUGGAGAGAAUAUAAAGAAACCCAUUUCUCAGUUUUCUAUUCUUUGUUCUAUUUCACCAGAACAUCAUGGUGCUGGGUCUCAUACAUGGGUUUCCCCCCCCCCUUCCCUUUUUAAAAUGUCAGCACUCUUUUAAGUCAUUGUCAUUUUUCCAUGAUUUCCCCACCCCCGGUAUAUCCCUCCAUCCUUCCUCAGUGUAUCCCUCCCCUGUGACAAAUAAGCACAGUGAAAAGAAAAAUCAACAUAUUGGGACGUGUCUAAAAUUUAUUCCUCGUUCUGCACCUGUAGUUUAACAUCUCUCUGCCAAAGGAAAGGAAACAUGCUUUACCAGUCCUCUGAAGUCACAGUUGCAUAAUGCAUUGAUCAGAAUUUUGAAGUCUAUCAGUGUUGUGUUCCUUUAUAUUGUGGUGAUUGUGUAAAUUGUUUUCUUGUUUCUGCUUACUUUCCCUCUCCCAUUAGUACAUACAAGCCUUUCCAAAUUUCUGACUUCUUCAUAUUCAUAUCUUGUAGCACAGUAGUAGUCUAUUGCUUUCAUAUCCCAUAUGUUGUUCAUUUGAUGUUUCUCAAUUGAUGAGUAUUGUUUGCUUGCAGUUCUUUGCUACUACAAAAAGUGCUGCUAUAAAUAUUUUUGUAUAUAUGGGACCUUUCCCUCUAUCUUUGCCCUUCUUGGGUUAUAUGCCAAUAGUGGUAUCACUGAGUCAAAGAUAACGUGUGUUUUAGUGACUUUUUAGAGUAAUUCCAGAUCAUUUUUCAGAACUGUUGGACAAAUUCACAGCUCCACCAAAAGUGCAUUAGUGUGCCUAUCUUUCCACAGUCCUUCCAGCUUUGACCAUUUUCAUCUUUUGUCAUCUUUCUCAAUCUUAUGGGUGUAAAGUGAUGCUUCAGAAUUGUUUUUGAUUUGCAUUCUUUUUAGAAAGUUAGAGCAUUUUGUCAUGAUUGUGGAUAGCUUGCGGUUUUUCUUUUUGCAAACUGCCCCAGGGGUAGUUUCCAAACAUGUAAGAAGACUUCCCACAUCCUGUCAAAGAAGAAACAAUUUAAAAAGGAAGAGUGGGGCAGAAAUGCAGCUUAUAGCUUAUAUUUGUAUUGUGACGUAUAAAAAUAAAAGUACCAACUGUUUUAGCAUUUUAAAAAAUUGA